AUGACCUCGACUGUGUUCGCCGUUUUCCCGGGGCUUCCUCCUGAGCUUCGCCAGAAGAUAUGGCGUGACUCUCUGCCUGAGAGACGCCCAACACUCUAUGCUUAUAAAGGGGGCUGCUGGCGGCCUCGGCAGCUGACGGAAUCAGACCGCGACUACGACCCCCAGGAUCCUGAGCCCCAGUUGCGAUUCGACUUCUACCACGACCUACUCGAUGCCGUCGAAAUCAAAACGUGCUUGGUCCAUGUCAAUCACGAGGCCUGCCAGGUCACCCUGGCUUGGGCUCGAGAACAAGGCAUGCAAGUGCGCCGCCAUCAAGAAGGAAGCCCGCCUUGGCUUGCGCAGCCAGCAAACCCCAAGCUCGACGUCUUGUAUGUCGACCAUGAUCGUUGGGACGAGUUUUCGACCGAGGCUUAUGACCGCAUCUACAAGCCGGGACGGUACGAAAAGAUGGUCGAUGUGGACCAGAGACUCCGGUACAUUGCAGUACCAGAAUCGUUUCUUGCCGAGGAGAAUGCGAUCGCCCUCGCCUGCAACUUCUUUGGUUCCUGUCUCAGCACCUUAUAUAUCAUUCGCGGGCCAAUGCCCGACUUUCGUACCACCAGCGAGCACAGACAGUUACACUCGCACUGGGAAAUCGAGCCCGACCAAGGGGCUUGGUAUUGGGACUGGGACCGUGGCGCUUUUGAGGUGGUAGAUAGCCAGUUUUUGACAAAAACUCACCAGGAUAUAGAAAAGGCGUGUCAGGAGUCUGUACAGUCCCUGAUCGGAAACCGAGUUUAUCAUCUCACAGUGAGAUCUGCCGUUGUCGUCAGAAUAUCGUAG